AUGCCGAGCUCAUCACUAGUCCGCGCCGCCAUAUUUGCGGCCGGCGCCGCCGUAGGAGGAGGUGUUGCUACCGUACUGGGCCGAAAGAAAGCGCAAGAAGCCGCGCCGCUGGGUGUACCAGUGUACGCGCCACCUGUGACGAGCAAGUCGCCGUCAAACACACCUGCAGUCUCACUCGGUUCUUCUGGGGCACCCGUUCUUGCUGCUGGACUACCUACUGUGCCUGUGCUGAAAUACGGAAACCCUGGACCUAUCACGGACCAGUUCGCUCGUCAGGCGUACGUCGCGGCGUAUGACAGGCGUCUACGCCAUCCUGCAUGGACAGCUGAACACCUGACUCUUGCGUCACUGGGCAAGUCACCGCUCGACCCCAUACCAGGUGGCGAGACGGGCGACAGGCAGAAAUCGCAGUUCGUAGAGGACGAGGCUAUUCCUUUGCCGUUCCGAGCACGACUGCAGGAUUACUUCCGUAGCGGAUAUGACCGAGGGCACAUGGUGCCCGCUGCGGACGCGAAGAAGUCGCAGACCGCGAUGGACGAGACCUUCCUUUUGUCGAACAUUGCGCCACAAGUCGGGGCAGGGUUCAACCGCCACUACUGGGCAUACGUCGAAGACUGGUGUCGUCGUCUGACCGGCAACUUCUCCGACGUCUACGUCUUCACAGUCCCACUAUACCUCCCCCACCGUGAUCCCGACGGGAAGAAUAGAGUUACCUACGAAGUCAUCGGUAGCCCGCCGAACAUCAGUGUACCGACGCACUUCGCGAAGGUCGUUCUCACCUCGCGGCCGUCCUCGCCUUCUACUCCACACCUUCAGGAGAUCUCGACAGGCGCCUUCGUGUUACCCAACGCUAUCAUCCCCGACGAAGCUCCCUUCGAGUCCUUCAUCGUGCCCGUGGAUGCCGUCGAGCGUGCGGCCGGUCUCACGUUCUUUUCUGACGAGAUCAAGAAGAACUCGAAGCACAUAUGCAAGACGACCAAGUGCGACGUGAUAGUGCGAAGAUUCGAUGAUGCUCAGAAGAACACGAAGCGGAUAUCUGCGCCCAAGUAG